CCUUGAGUAAAAUCAGUCUAAAACCAAAGAUAGGAAUAAAAAAAAAAAUCUUGGUAGUGGCCUUUCGCAUGUCUCAAGUUCAUAAAGCAGCGACAUUAUGUCACUGACUGGUCAUAUCCUCGUUACGAUUAUUUAACAUUGUGGGUUCACUAUGGGUUUUUUAUAAUGGUAUAAUCCAAACGAAGUUCGUAUUACAAAAAGUAAACAAAGGACCUAUCCAACAAUAAAACCUUGACGUUGGAUUUUCGCAGUUAUUUUCAGCAUUCACAAACACUCAUUCUUUGAAACAACUUUUUCUAAAUUUUUUCAAAGACUUCAGAAGAAACCUGUCCAUCUGACGGUUUUUAGCUCAGCUGCUCAGCGGAAGUUGAUUUAGAUGGAAAGGAAAGCAUUAUUUAAAUGACCGGACUUUUGUUUUUCCUCUAGUUUUGUUUGUUUGAUUCUCUUCUUUGCAUGUUAUUCAUUGAAGUGCUUUUUCCACUUCACUGAUUUUCAUUCUGUAGUAUGUAUGGUUAAGUCAAACAACCAUGCCGAUCUAACCGACAGACAGGCAAUGCUUGCGUACAAAUAGAGAAGAACUUCUACGACGUCCAAAAUUUCCUCGAACCACAUUACUAACACUAACGAUUCAAACACUUACCUGCAGUAAGCGGUUGGGAAUUGGCGUUUUCACGUAGGUGUGACCGUAGACUGGUGUUGUUACAUAUUUUUCUAAUUACGGGCUUACACCUGUUAUGAGUGAAUUGUCAUUUUAAUAAGAAGGAGUAUUUCUUUAUACUAUUAAAAUAAAUCAACAUAAAUUUCUAUGUUCCAUGGUGUUGUAAGGGAGGUACGACAUAAACUCGAAAAGGUACCUCUACAAGGUACAAAAAUUUCCCAUCAUAGCAAUGAGUUCAGCUAUCGAAGAGGAAAAGGAAAUUUUAGAAUCUAUUUAUCCAGACGAAUUUAAAUGUUUGGAUGAAAGGACAUUCCAAAUUACUCAAACAAUAGACCCUGAAGAAUCUAAUUGCUCUGACCCUCCUUCUGUCAUUUUUAUUGCAACAUUGAGUGAUGAAUAUCCAAAUGAAAUUCCUGAAAUGAAAAUCCGCAUUAGUCCCCCUCAUCGUUGGCUUGGCGAAGAGCAAAUGAAAUGCCUCCGAGAGGUUGUUCAUCAAAAUGCCGAAGAAUGUUUGGGCAUGGCCAUGGUAUUUUCGCUUUGUUCUAUACUAAAAGAAGAAGUAAACACCAUUCUUUGCAAGCAAUGCGAGAAGGAAGAAAAAGAAAUUGAGGAUCGCCAAAAUCGUGAAAUUGAAUUAGAAAACGCAAAAUUCCAAGGUACUCCGGUAACCGUUGAAUCUUUUAUGAAGUGGAAGAAGGACUUUGAUAUUUGGAGGGAUGAAGAAAUUCGCAAGGAGAAUGAAGAAAAGCUUCGCGAAGCAUUAAACUCCACCUCCAAUAGCAAUGUAAAAAAGUCAAUUCUAGAAAAAAAAUUGACCGGUCGCCAACUUUUUGAAAGGAACAUGGUCAAAGUGGAUGACUCUGAGGAUUAUGAUUAGUCUUAAGCCUAUCUUCAAGGCCAUAAAUUAUCAGUUUUUCUUGAUUUCUGUACUAUUUCAUUCUGUGCGUGAUUGUAUAUGUGUUUUUUUUUUGUUUUUUCACUAUUUUCAUGAUUGAAUUCAUUAUUUCAAAUUCAAGGGAUUGUAUAAUCACAUAUUCGUGAAUAAAUU